AUGUACAAAGCUCUGGCAAUAUUAAUGUUGGCCGACCUGGUUGUCGGUCACGGCCACAUCUCUAAUAUCGUGGUUAAUGGAGUGUCCUAUCAGGGCUGGGAUAUUGGUUCUUUUCCCUACUUAUCCAAUCCUCCAGUUGUUGCUGUAUGGGGAACUCCUAAUACCGGCAAUGGAUUUAUUAGUCCGUAUAUGAAACUGAUGCUUUGUGAGCCAGCCUCAUAUGAUUCAUCGGACAUCAUUUACCACAUGGAUGCUACAAACGCCAAGGGUCAUAUUGUCGUUGCCGCUGGGGAUAAAAUCAAUCUUCAGUGGACCACCUGGCCGGACACUCAUCACGGACCUGUGAUCACUUACCUCGCAGAUUGCGGUGCUUCAUGCGAGACGGUCGAUAAAACGACGUUGAAGUUCUUCAAGAUUGACGCCGUGGGUCUCGUCGACGAGAGCACCCCUCCAGGUACCUGGGCCGACGACCAGUUGAUUGCCAACGGGAAUAGUUGGAUGGUCGAGAUCCCACCCAAGCUGGCACCUGGCAAUUACGUCCUGCGCAAUGAGAUCAUCGCCCUGCACAGUGCAAACAAUGCGGAUGGGGCUCAAAACUAUCCACAAUGCUUCAACUUGCAAGUCACUGGAUCUGGGUCGGACAAACCUUCGGGUGUUUUGGGUACGGAUCUGUAUAGCCCAACUGAUCCCGGCAUCUUGGUCAACAUCUACCAGUCUCUGGCGAGCUACACUAUCCCCGGACCUGCUCCAUACACCGGUGCUGUCUCCAUCGCUCAAGCCACCUCAGCCAUCACGGCCUCUGGAACGCCCAUCACGGGAUCCGGUGCGGUCCCUACCACAACCACGGCUGGGUCUGGACCGUCGACUACUAAGACAUCAACGACUACACUGGUCACCAAGACAACCACAACGAAAGUCCCUACUACGACCGGAUCUGGGUCCGGGUCUGCUUCCACUCAAACAGUCUAUGGUCAAUGCGGUGGGCUCAGUUGGAAUGGUCCUACCGCAUGUGCGGCGAAAGCGACAUGCGCUUCUUACAAUCCUUACUACUCUCAAUGUGUUCCCUCAAGCAACUAG